UAGAGGGAGAGGCUGACGCGCGAGGCAGCCAGUUUACCGUUGCAAGGCGCAUUGUGCGGCUGGACGCCAGUCACCCGCGCGUCGCCGGCCCAUAGAAGUACCGGCCUCCGCCUCAGGAUCUAUACACUUGUGUCACAUGUAUGGACUAUAAAAGACAAAGUGCCCGUUCAUUAUUCAAGUGUUACUGUUUUAUUAUUGGAUUCAUCUCUACCACGACUGCUUUCCCAUCCGUCAAACCAAUUUCUAUAUCAUGGAGUCACACCUCAUUCAUCAGCUAGACGUCUGACUUAUCCACGUGCAGGCAGAGCUUGGAGUGAAUGAUGGGAAAAAGGAACGCUCGGAUCAAGAUUGCACACUCUGUUGGUCCGCCUAUCGCUGUUAUAAUAGGCACAUCUGAGUAGCCCCAGAAGUCCCACUCCACAAGCAUCAUCAGUUACCGCCGCACUAGCGACUGCCAAUAAAGUACAAGUCAAAUCGGGUUAUAGCACGUGUAUUUACUUAGAUAUAUUAAUUGUAGUACAAACAACUGGACGAGGUGAUUAUUUAUGCGUAUAGGUUAGAUAUUAACUAAGUAACAGUAGACAUGACGGCCACUGCACCCGAACUAUCAAAAUCAGAUUUCUUUGAUUUUGUAACAUCUAACGAGAUAACAGACGCCCAAUACAAACAACAAAUGCGUUCCGUUAACGUAUUCAUGGAAUCACCGGACUCACGUUCCAAUCCCUUAUUAUCCGAGGAGCCCAAAGAACAGAAUAACAACAACCUGUUGAGUGUAACGUGUAAUCAGACCACUAGUAAUACUAUGACCACGGCAACCACGUCCAAUUCAUUACAAAGUUUCGACUCCAUAUGGAAUGUGGACAGAGAUCGUGAUCGUUUAGAAACGGCUAUGUUAGAGGAUUUGAACAAAUUUUACUGGAAUCAAGAUAAUGAGAUAAGUGGAACACACCCGUGCACGGAUACCGCCAUUUCCAAUAAACUUAUCAGUAAUAACACAGAUGGGCAGAUUUAUACUCUCACUGUACUGAAUCAAGACAAUUGGGUUAAAGAUGAAGACGUAUCUAUGUCUAGCCCGGCUGAUAUAGAACCAAACUCUUCCCUCGAUCUUGAAUCUAUCUUGAAUAUGAAUGGAUUCCCCAACGACUUCAACCAAGACACGCUGAAUGCAAACAUACUACCUAAAGUAGAGAGCUUCAGCUAUGAAGAGAACUCGUCUGAAAACCGAAGCACAGAUUUAAACACAACAACACUUGUAAAAGUUGAGCCAUUCAGUUACGAUGAAAGUGAAUUCCAAAGUGACAAGAAAGAUGAGACAAAUCGAAGUCCCAUUAUUGCUACAUCACUUUUAGAUGGACAAGUUGAAUUCAAUAACAACAAUAACGAUUGGAAGUUAACAGACCAAAAUACGGAAUCAAACGAAUCGUUACUGAGAAGUGCAUUGCAGGGUAAAGCUUUCCUACGUUAUAAUACCUUACAAAAGAGUUUGACAAAACUUGACGCAGAGGCGGAAUUAAAAAGGGUUAUUAUUAAUAAUAAUAACAAGGCGGAUGUCCCGUCAAUGUAUCAGUGUGAUAACAAGGACACAGAUGCAGAGCUGCUAAUGUCAAUAGCACCACAGAAUGGUAAUGUUAAUAUUUCAAUAUUACUAGAAGAUCCAACUGCAAGUGUUGUUUCCAAUGGCGAAAAUUCAACGCCAACACAGAGCGUUGACGAUUUACUAUUCUCCCAGCUUGACGUGACAUAUUCUGAUGAUUAUGAGAAACUGAAGAGAAUAACAACGGAACUAGGAGAAUCUGUACAACCUUUCUGUACCGUGGAGCCCAUCGACCCUUCACGCAGUGUAUAUAAUAUUCACAACGUUAACGGUGAGCUCGUUACAAUGAUACCAGCUGGAGAGAUUCAACUAUCCCAGCAUUUGCAGAUGAUGACGGCAUCCCCUACCGUGUCCAGUACGAAAUCGAUUGGGAAAAAACAUAAAAGGUUUCAGAAUAAGAACACUUCACCAACGUCACAAGCACAAUCCGGGACAGCAGUCCAAGCGGCGACGUCGACAUCAAAUGGCGUGAGAAAGGAGAGAUCCCUCCAUUACUGUUCAAUCUGCUCGAAAGGGUUCAAAGACAAAUACUCAGUGAACGUCCACGUUCGAACGCAUACAGGAGAAAAGCCAUUCACCUGUUCGUUAUGUGGCAAAAGCUUUCGGCAAAAGGCUCAUCUGGCCAAACAUUACCAGACACAUAUCGCGCAGAAGACAGCUGCAGCGAACGGAGCUAAGCCAACAAAGCAGAGAUAACCACCCAGUCCACAGUUCCAACUCGCAUAAUAGUCAAUAUUUUUCACAGUGAUAAUAAAUGUAUUAAAAUAAACGAAUCCUCGAAGGCUGAUCACAUGAAUUUGGAUAGGUGCUAAGUAGAUGUAGAGACAGUUAUUGCGAGUGUCAGUGAUAUGAAUAACAUUUAUGACAUAUUUGUUAAUUUGUAUGUAAAUCCGUCCGUUACCGAUAAUAUUUAGCUUUAGCUAGAUUAUUUUUAGAUUAGUGUUCACUAAGCUAUUUUGUAUACUUUUUCAUAUUUAUCAAUGUUUGAUUGUAGGAAAUUUGUGGGAUUUCUUUCCCAGCUGUCAAAGCGCGUAAGCAGAACAAAUGUUCGUAUAUCUUUUCAUAUUUAUCAAUGUUUGAUUAGAGGAAAUUUGUGGGAUUUCUUUCCUAGCUGUCAAAGCGCGUAAGCAGAACAAAUGUUCGUAUACCUUUUCAUAUUUAUCAAUGUUUGAUUAGAGGAAAUUUGUGGGAUUUCUUUCCCAGCUGUCAAAGCGCGUAAACAGAACAAAUGUUCGUAUACCUUUUCAUAUAUAUAAAUGUUUGAUUAGAGGAAAUUUGUGGGAUUUCUUUCCCAGCUGUCAAAGCGCGUAAACAGAACAAAUGUUCGUAUACCUUUUCAUAUAUAUAAAUGUUUGAUUAGAGGAAAUUUGUGGGAUUUCUUUCCCAGCUGUCAAAGCGCGUAAACAGAACAAAUGUUCGUAUACCUUUUCAUAUAUAUAAAUGUUUGAUUAGAGGAAAUUUGUGGGAUUUCUUUCCUAACUAUCAAAGCGCAAGAACAAAAUAUUGAUGCUGCGAUGAAAGAUAGUGCCUAAAUAUCAUGAUAAUUACUAAAUACUUUCGAUAAUUUGAUUUUUUUCCGCUCCUUUGAAAAACACUGGAUAAAUUGAAUAAAAUCAAUUUUAUUUGUGCCCGUUGGUGAUUUAGAGUUGAAGGAAUAUCUUGCUUGCCAACAUGCAAUAUAAUUUCAUCUCUAUAAUUUGAAGUGUGAACAGACAUAGGAUCCUGAAGAAAAGACCGUACUAUUCUUAAAAGGCUGGCAACGCACUUGCGAGCCCUCUAAUAAUUUGAGUGUCUAUAGGCGGCGGUAUCACUAACCAUCAGAUGAGACUCCUGCCCGUUUGCAAAUAAAAAAAACUAAUUUGAACUUUAUGUCUGGCCUCUUGAGUUUCAAAUCAUCGAGAGUCGACCGUAGUCCCAUUAUUAGAUAAUUAUAACAUCUACAUCUAGCUAAGUGCAAUUUCUCCUGCAAUGUAUAAAAGAACUUUCUAAAAAUAGUAAAAAAAUAGUCAAAACGGUCUGCUAUCUUUCACUCGAGCAUACACUCAAUGCAAUAUUGUAUCUAAUUUUAGCAACAUUUUUUCCUCAUAUAUAACGAAACUUUCGAAUUCGAACUAUUAUCUUGGAAUUUUGUGGCCUUUUAAAUUUCUCUUGAAAAUCUAAAAUUGCUAUGUUUCUCCCAUACACUACAUUAAUCGCUCCCUUUACAGGUGAGCCAUGAUUGCUAUUAAUCUGUAACAAUCGACUCAAUCUUGAAAUAGAUCUCCUUUCCUCAAAUUGGACUUUCUUUGUUUAUAAAGCCGCACCCUAAUACUCGGAACGAUACUCAAUAAAUAAUUGUAUAUUAAAAGUGAUAGAAGCAUUUUAUAGCUAUUUUUAUUUGUUCUUUAUAGUCAAAUAUCGCGCAGCAUAUGAACUUUCCAUUGCAACUAUUUUUAUUGUCAUUUGCAUACUUAAUAUUAAUAUAAAAAUAUUUAUAUAGAAAACAAUAAUGUUACACCAUAACUUGUUUUAAGACAGUAUUAUAGUUUCCAAACUUUCUACUUUCGUUUAGAAUUCAAUGUAAAACCAUUAAUUGAAAUUAGAUUAAGUUUUAAUUAUAUCUUGCCAUUUUGGUGACUCAUUAGCACAUAACACUGCCCUAUGAUCUCUCUGUCCAACCAGAGACUAUAUUUGACACAACGAACUGUUGUCUAUACUCAUGUAGAAUAAGUUCUGAUUCAAGUUACUCGACAGAUUAUGUAAAAAUUUAUCGUUUACGAUAAAAGUGGUAAUGAAAUACUCAUAUUAAUCUAAACGUGGAAAAUAACGUGACAAACCACUUGUAUCUCAUUAGGUCUUAUUUGAAAUUAGCGAAUUUAUUAUAGUUAUGUAUAAGUUUUUCGAGAGAUUUACCAUAGAUAAUAAGAUUGGCUACUUAGUUAUACAACAUAAUUAUAAUGGUUGUUAAUAUAUUCUAUCGUAAUAAUUGUUUUGGAUCUGAUUAUGAAAUUAUAAAUCCGACUAUUUAGUUUUGCAUUUGUUCCUGAGAUGAUUUUUAGAUUUUAUUAAAACUUUUAGAUUAAGUUUUUACGUUUAAUGUUUGGUGGACGUGGAUGAAUUAAAAUUAUUUUUCGACGUUUGUAAAUAUAUUAUUUAUAAAAAUAUUGCUCAAAAAAUUACACUUCGUCCCUCAAACCGUCCUGUACAAUAUUAUUUAUUUAGAAUUAUUAAGAAUGGAAACGAAUGGAAUUUGAUUUAAUCAGAGCUGUGAUUAUUGUUUAUGGUAACUGUUUAUUGAUUGUUGAGAUAAUGUUGCAUAGUCUGUGGCAAGUCUUCCGAAGUGUGUAUCGGCUGCAAAAAAGGCGGUAUCGUU